UUUCGGUGUCAGUAUCUUUUAGGAAAUGCAAUCCAAACAAAAUUAAUGGUUAAGAAGAGAGUCCGAAGGUCCUGUUCGAAGAUGUUUGUGGAAAAUCGAUAACUUGCUAGUCUUUACCUCGUUUUGCAGUAUGUUGGCACUAAAUACCACUUUUUAAAUACACCCUGCGCACAUAGAAGGAAAAUCUAAGUGAAUUUUGGGGGAAGAAUGAACAGAAAUCAGUGAAGAGUUAGGGAGCGAUCAGCAACGGGAAAUGACAAUUGAGCACCCGCAUCAUCAUUGUCCCCUCGUCUUCUGAUUUCUGUGGCUCCCGCCCCCGCUAACUGUACCAAAGAUGGACAACAUAGAAACAAGACAGUCGCCAGAACCCCUGGUUCCUAGUGAAUCCAAAGAUGAAAUGCCACCCAGCACCAAAGAUGAUGUAGCCUCCCUGGCUGACCGCCUCUCCUUGCACAGCAUUCCCAGUAUAGACCGCAGUGAUGGUGCUGCUAGUCCUGAUGCUUCUGCAACUGUGCCCAACUUAGCACACACCCCACCAAACUCACCAAAAACACCCAUCCUUACUCACACUCCUCCUCCACAGCCUUCUGAUAAUCCUUCUCCUUGUCCACCAUCCACUUCAUCUGCCAAGCCUUCAAUAGAUGCUAUGGGUUCAAGUCAGAGUCAGAGUGAACCUCCGUCCCCAGGGUUGUCAAGUCAACACUCUGGUCAGGAUGACUCCCAUGACACAGAUGAACCCCCUCCUCCUCCUGCACCACCUCCACCCAGCUCUGAUGCCGCCCUGCAUGCUGCCUAUGGUAGCAGUCCUCCCUCGAUGUCCGGCAUUUACAGUGGCAUAGGGUGCCUUUAUAGUGGCAGUCACCCUUCAUCGGGUAUCUAUAGUGGCUCUGCUUCUCUUGGGAGUAUAUAUGGCAGUACUGGACCACCACCGGUUCCCCCUCCACCCCACGAUGAAAGCGGUGCUGUUGGAGGGAUCCAUCACCGCAGAGAGCACUCCCUUAACUCUAUACACUCCUUACAUUCAGUAAAUUCCUUUAAGGAAUUUUAUGACAAGUCGACACUCAACCAGUUUAUCUCCACAUCUCCCAAACUUUCUAAUAGGUAGGUAAAGUUGUCAUAGUCACUUAUU